AUGGCGGCCUCUUCUGACCCCGAGAUGGAGCAUGACGUCACGGCUAGCAUGAAUCAAAAAGAAGAACGCGCUGCGCGGACGAUACAGAGAUACUACCGCGGCUACCGUACCCGUCGCGAACUCAAAGGCUGGUCCCUAUCCUCCUCGACGCGCUGGCUCGAAGCCGUCCAGGAAGCGCAAUGGCAUCAGGCGAUGCGGAAUCAAUAUGUUGAGACGAGUUGCGAUGGAGAGGAUAGGGAUGAUAUAAUCCAUAAUGAUGACGAAGGAGAAGAAGAAGAGGAAGGAGAAGAAGAAGGGAGAAAGACAAGUCGGGGAUUAUCACCAGAAGUACGCCGAAAAUGGAAAUUAGCAGGACAAGUUGCGCUCCGGGCUGGAGGGGAUGAUAAUCUGCAGGACAAAGUUGUUGAAGAGAAUGUUUCGGAGGAAAAAGGGCAGACGGUGCAUACGUUUCAGGAAUCAAUUUCGACGAUGAAGAAGGAGAAUCGUGAGCCCUUGAUACCGACUAGUACGGCCGCGGAGGUGGAGAAGAAGGCAAAGAUGAUGGAUUUGCAGUAUUUCCUAGAAAUGGUCGACACAAAACACCGCUACGGAAGCAACCUACGCGCGUAUCACAGUAUAUGGAAAAACAGCCCCUCAAAACAAAAUUUCUUCUACUGGCUCGACUACGGCGAGGGGAAAGAUGUCGAAGUUGAACGUGUCCCGCGCGAAAGGCUCGAAAGGGAACAAGUACGAUAUCUGAGUCGCGAAGAGAGGCAAGAUUAUUUAGUUGUUGUUGAUGAGGCAGGUCGAUUUCGAUGGGCAAAAAAUGGGGAGAGGGUCUGGACGGAUAGUGACCAGUUUAGGGAUAGUAUUCGUGGUGUUGUGCCUGUCGGGGAUAAGACGCCUACUUUUCAGGAGUAUACUAAGGAAGGUGAUGAAGUGAUUACUUCAGAGGAUGACGACGAUGAGGAUGAGGAUGAUAGUGAUGAAGAAUCCGAUGAAGAAAUACAGCGAUAUGUGAAUCCGGAUUUUGAUAAUGCCAAAGGAAUCAAAAAGAUUGAAUAUGUUAGUCCGGCGGUGGUAUUCAAUCAUUUGAUGCAAAAAUCGUUGAAGAAGAGGGAUAAAUGGAUUUUUGUACAUACAUCCUUCCGAAUAUACAUCGGCAUCAAAGAAUCCGGAGCCUUCCAACACUCUUCUUUUCUUCGCGGCGCACGCAUUUCAGCAGCAGGACUUAUCAAAAUCAAAGAUGGCCAAUUACGAAGUUUAUCACCGCUAAGCGGCCAUUAUCGUCCCCCCGCUGCGAAUUUUCGUGCCUUUGUGCAUGCAUUACAGGACAAUGGCGUGGAUAUGUCCCGCGUCUCGAUUAGUAGAUCUUAUGCUGUGCUAGUCGGGAUUGAAGGGUAUAUGAAGUUUAAGCAGAAGAAGAAGGAUGUGAAGGAUAUGAUUGAGGAGGAGAAGUCGAAGGUUUCUUCGAAGAAGGAGAAGGAAGAGGGGGAGGAGGUACCGGAUGUAUCGAGGAGUCGGCCGACGAGGAAGAAGAGUAAGACGACGACAACGACGGUUGCUGCGACGGAGGAAGAGAAUGAGAAAGGAGGAUUCUUUUCUACAAUUGCGAGGACAAUUACGAGGAGAGGAACGACGCAGGAGAGUAAGACGGUUACGAUAAGCGGGAGAGGUGUACCGGGUACUGCGCCGGAGGAAGGGGUUCCUGCUCCUGAGGGGAAGCGGUAG